UUUUUCUGAUAAAUUGAUAAGUAAUGCUAUCAAUCAAUCUUGCCUAAUUAGCUGUCUUACAAUCUAAGGUAUUUCAUACAAUCAUUAUUUGAUUAAAGUGUUUCUACCAUAUAAAACACAAAUAAAUUAUAAUAUUAUUUUAUGAUAGAGAUUAGAAUCAGAUUUCAAGGUGCUAGAGAAGAUAGGAAAGGGCGGAUUAAGUAAAGUGUAUAAAGUAAUUAACCUUUUGGAUAAUAAUACAUAUGCUUUAAAAGAAGUAGAUAAAAUAAACAUAUAAAUAGAUUGAACUGAAAGGAAAAGACUUAAGGGAUAGUUAUGAGUAGAAUAUUGAAAGAGCUUAAAGAGGUAAAAGAUAUAUAGUAUAAGUUCCUUCAUAGAAGCAAAAUACUUAGCCAGAAUAUCUCAUCCAAAAAUUAUAAGAUAUUUCAAUUCUUGGGUUGAAGUAAUACAAAAUAAAGAAGAAUAUAAAAAGUAUUAGAAACAAGGAUUAGAAAUAAAUGAUUUUGAUUUAAAUAGAACUAAUAUUAAUUCUUGUAGCUCAUAAGAAAAGUCAAGGAUUGAUCUAGAGAAUAUGAUUUUUUCUAAAGUUACAUAAAAUGAAUAGAUUAGUCAUUCUGAAUAAGAUAAUGAAAUUUAGUAAGAUUUUAGGGGAACUAGAAAAUAAAAAUGUAGUUCUAUUAUUCAAGUUUAGAAAUUGAUAAGUUAAGAUGAUAAUAAAAUAGAAUUUGAUAAAAUCAUGUUUUACAUUUAAACAGAGUUUUGUCAACAAAAACUCGAAAAUUAUUUAUAAUAAAGAAAUGAUUAACAUUUUAAAUUUAGAAAAAGUAAGGAUAAUGACGAUUAAUAUCUUGAAUAUAAAUAUGUAAGCGAAGCUAAAAUCAUUUUGGAUUAAAUAAUUAAAGGAUUAGACUAUUUGCAUAAUGAAUGUAAAUUAGUACAUAGAGAUUUGAAACCUGCUAAUAUUUUUAUGAAUAGUCCUGAUGAUGUAAAAAUUGGUGAUUUUGGUUUAGUAACAAAGCUUUUAAAGUUUUGUAAAUGUGAGGAUUAAGAUAAUGAUUGUGAUAUUUGUUUGAAAAUGUUUGCAGCUCCAGAAUAAAUUAAUUAAAAAAUUGAAAAAAGCUAUUCUGAUUAAAAAAGUGACAUUUAUGCAUUAGGUUUGAUAAUUUUACUUUUGUUUUAUCCUACAUAUACUUAAAUGGAAACUGUUUAAGUCAUAGAGGAGGCUAAAAAAGGUAUAUUACCGAACAUUUUAAGAGAGAGACAUUCUAAAAUAUCACAAAUAAUUCUAGAUUGUUUGAAUAUAGAUCCAAUAUAGAGACCUAAUGUUAAAGAUAUAUAAUUUUUUGGUUCAUCAAAUUCAUUAUAUUCUUCAAAAAAAAGCAGCAAUGAAUUUAAUAGUGAUUCCACAGAAAUUGAUAUAAAAAAUUUUUGGAAUUGUCAUGUUAAAUUUGAAGAUGAAGAAGUUUAAGAAAAGUAAAAUAUUUAUUUAUAUAUGAGAUAUUUAUAGUAUAGCGAUACACAGAUUUAAAUUUUUAAAAAUAAAAAUAGCAUGAAGGCUUAAAUGAUAUACAAUCUCAAUGAAUGUAAUAUUUCUUACAGAGAGAAUGAAAUCUUAGUGGAACAUGCUUAGUUAUAGAACUUUUCAUUUAAAAGUAUAAAUAAUUAUUUAUUGGACAUAUAUGAUCAAUUAUGUGAAUUUACAUAAGGAAUAUAUUGA